AUGUCGGCAUCACUGUUCACCUUCUCCUCCACUUCAAGAAGAGUCAUCCCAGCUCUAAACUCUCCUCGUCUUCCCAUAUACAUCAAAGCCACCAACGUAGUUUUCAACCCUGAUAUUCCAGAUGUUCAUCGAGGUCUUGGACUUGAUGAUUUUGUUAAUUUCUUAGUCUCCUACCGACUCCGAUACGCAAUCAGUGACGUUCCAUCAGAGUUCUUUCCCGAACAAGUAUGUGAGUUCUACUACACUGCAACAAUUAAUGAUGAAAACAACGUCAUCUUCGGGACUAUUGGCUGUGGAAGACACUCAGUCUUUAUUAAUGCUGACCUCCUCAGUGCUGCGCUCAGGUUACCAAUCUUUGAACCCUUCUCUGAGCUUCCACUUAUUGCACGCUGUCGAUGUCUCUUUGAUCAACUAGGAUAUGAUCACUCAAAGGCUGGUACUCGAUCAGCUCUCAUUCUACGUCAAUGUAUGACUCCGGGAUGGAAGUUCUUCACCGGUGCUCUGUGCAAAUGUGUGGGUCACAAAUCUCGUAGUGGUGAUCAUAUGAGCCCUUAUGAGCAACAAGUCGUUUGUUCCCUUCUUCUCAACAAAAGACUUGAUUAUGGGGCUUUCUUCUUUGAUCAACUUGUUCUACUUCUUCAUGCAAAUGUACGCGCUGAUCAUGUCCCCUUUCCACGCUGGAUUGCUCUUGUGCUAGAUAAAUUUUUCGCUGAAGCUCACUACUGA